AAUUUUAGUACAACAAUAAUUUUAAACGAAUGCGUAUGGCGCGUUGUUGAUAGUCUUCACCGAGUGGCUGCACGUGUUGUCCAGCCACCACACUCCUUCACUAACAACGUGGGCCAGACGAUGCGAGGAGGGAUGGAAAAGUCGUAUUUUUGGGGUAUCACACUUGAUGCUGCUCAUAGGGAACAAAAAUGGGAGGGCACAGCUACUGAGAACACUGUUGACUGCACUGUCACAACCCACACGUUAUCAGUAAGACAGGUUGUGUUGGGCCCUGAUGCUGACAAUGUCCCUAAUGUGGUAGAACUCGAGGUACUUGGUCAUAAUGACAAGAAACUCAAGAUCCCAAUCUGUGUUUCAAAGGCUGGCAGCUCCUAUGUAACAAAUGUUGAAGUACUCAUAGAAGACCAGGUAGCCACUUUUCACCUGACCAAAGGCUCAGGCCCAGUGUAUAUCAGUGGUACGCACCAAACAGAAACCAGUGUGAUUGGGGAGGAUGACAUGGAUGAUUUGGCCGAGGAAGAAGGCGAAGAUGAUGAGGAGGAGGAUGAAGUAGAGGACUCCCCACCAAAGAAGAAGACAAAGAAGUAAAGGAGUAUUGAACCAUCACAGCUUCACAACAUUGCCAUGUUUUCUAUUACAAUAUAACUAAAAUAUAAUGAGUCAAGAUGUGUGUGUGUGCAUGAUUGAUUAAAUAAAAAAAAAGUAAA